AUGCCCAAGGCCGACGCGCCGACUGCCACCCGCCGUUCUGCGCGAAUCGCAUCCGCUGGAUCAGGCCCUGCCGCAAAGAAAGAGGAGCCUGCAAAGCCAGUGGAGAAAAAGGUCACUAAGGCUAAGGAGCCCACGUCGACCGAGCCCAAGCCCAAGGCCGCGCCCAAGUCCAAGGAGCCUAAGUCCAAGGAGCCCAAGUCCAAGGAGCCCAAGUCCAAGGAGCAGGUGACCAAGGAGCCAAAGUCCAAGGAGCCAAAGUCCAAGGAGCCAAAGUCCAAGGAGCCCAAGUCCAAGGAGCCCAAGUCCAAGGAGGAGGUGACCAAGUCCAAGGACGACAAGAUGGAUGAGGACAAGGCCUCCCAGGACAAACCCAAGUCCAAGGACGAGACGAACGGCAAGCCGCCAUCCGCCUCGCGCGGCGCCCUUCAGCUCGGUUCCGACUUGCCCAAGAUCACGCUCCAGAACGAGGAUGGCGAGGAUGUUGACGUCUCGACGCUCACUGGCGAGCGCGGUGUUGUCAUCUUCUUAUACCCGCGUGCCGACACGCCCGGCUGCACCAACCAGGCUUGCGGGUACCGCGACCUGGCGACUGACUUUGGCGAGCUCGGCUACGACGUCUACGGCCUCAGCAAGGACAAGCCGGCCGCACAGCUCAAGUGGAAGACCAAGAAGGAGUUCAAGUACCACCUCCUCUCGGACCCCGAGAGCAAGCUCAUCAAGCGGCUCGGCGCCACUAAGCGCUCGCACUUUAUAUUCGAGAAGGGUUCGGGCAAGCUCAUUGACAUUGCGCUGGGCGUCAAGGCCGCCGACGACCCGAAGAACGCACUCAAGUUUAUCGAGUCGCACCACAAGUAA